GACAAGAACGUUAGCCGGGUUUGUUCCAACAUAUUUUCUUAGUUUUUUUUUUUUUUUUUAAGAAAAACAGGACUUUGCCAGCUGUCAUGGCAGAAUCUCUUCAAUAAAAACCUACCUCGGUUGCUUGCAUGCAAAUAUGAUAAUCCAAUAUAAUAAUACAAAGGAGCAAGGUGCCGGGGCUCACCUUAUGUAUAAAACCAAUGGUAAUCACUCUCAAGCAAAGGUAUAGUUAUACUUUACUUUCAAGUUUCGAGCAAGAGAACAAGAAAACCAAAGGAAGGGAAAAUGGCUUGUUGGUCUGCUGAGAAUGCCACCAAAGCUUAUCUCCGAGCCUUGAAAAUGGGAAAAAGAGGCAAAGAACCCGAUGUAGCCGAGUUCAUAUCAGCCAUCGCGGCUGGAAACAAUGCACAGCUCAUGGUGAUGACAUGUGCUGGCGUUACCGGACCCACCGCACUAGCCCUGGUCGCGGCCGCUCGUCAAACGGGUGGCCGAGUGGUGUGCAUAUUGAAUAGUCUCGACUUUUAUGAUGCAUCCAGAAGAGCUCUAGGAAACUAUGCAGAUUGUAUCAACUUUGUCAUAGGGGAUGCCAAGACGCUUCUAAAUGAUUACGAAAGCGCAGAUUUUUUUCUUAUUGACUGUAAUAUCAGUGAUGACAAGGCAGUACUAAGGGCAGCACAAGAGGGUGCAAAACAUGGAGGAGCCCUCAUUGUAGGGUACAAUGCCCUUCAUAAGGGACCAGGUGGGAGGAGUCCUGAUGAAUUUAACACCCACUUCCUGCCUAUUGGAGAAGGCCUGCUGGUGAUCAGAAAAGGCACUCCCAGCAAGGCUGGUUAUGGAGUUAGCACCAGAAGAAGAAGCCAUUGGGUUGUUAAAAUAGAUAAAUUGACUGGUGAGGAGCAUGUUUUUAGGAUCACUUCACCACAUCCGAAAGAGAUCAAAGCUUAAUCAAGGCAAAGCUUUGCUUUUACGAACUCGAUCUUUGAGAAGCAAUGAAAGGAAAUUGAUUAGAGUAAAAUUAGAAUAAGAUUCAAUUGAUCCUUUUCAUGCUACUAAUUUUCUAACCAAAGUUGUAGAUAAUUGUUGGAGAUAUUGACGACCAUGUAACACCCCAUCUGGCUCUGUAAUUUUGGAAGAAGUUAGAUGUUAUUUUAUGUACAUAUAACCAUGUUCUUUUCUUUUGGAUAAUGUUAUUGUUAUGUAAUUUAAAUUUUGUUCAAGAAAGAAAGAGGGACCUAAUUGGAAAAUGCCAAUUUCUCUUUUCUUUUCAUACUUUUGUCAUGUUUGAUAUUAAUUUACUUGUUAAAAAUUAAAUUCUCAGCAUAUUUUAAACAUUUAUAU